UGAGAAGGAGACAGAUGCGCAGACUUAUGCGAAAGCUUUGACAAGUUUUGUUGAAAAUGGAAAAGCACUGUUGGAACUCGCUAAACAGGAGAGCAAAGAGGGACUUCUGCAAGACUACAUCAGGAAGAAGAUCCGUAUUGAACUGGACCAAUCGCUACUGGGACUUAUUCCAGCAGGGGCAAGCAUGUCAGUGAAGAAGAAAAAGGAAGCUGAGGAACUAUGGAAGAGAAGCUACCAAUGUGCUGAAAUGCAGGACGCUGUUGAGGACUUCUUGCAGCUGGGAGUGCAGUGGGAUAGUUUUCUGGAGUACUUGGACAAGGAGCUACAUCUGGGCGAUAGAAUCUUUGGUCAAGAGGCACAAGUAAAAUGCCUGUCGCCUGACAUACCCCUCAUUGAUGCCCAGACUGGAGCAACUCUGACGUUAGGGAAGUACCUUGGGAGAGGUGAGAAAGUUCUACUUGUGUUGAUCCGUCAGUUCUCCUGCCUCCUCUGUCGAAUCCAUCUGAAAGAUCUGGAGGCCCAUAAGAUUGCCCUGGAUGCAUGUUCAGUGCAAGUGGUGGUGGUGUCAUUUGGCUGCAGAGAGGGGGCGUUGCAUUGGCUAGCGGAGACAGGUUGCCAGUAUGACAUGGUGUUAGACCCACACAGGAAGGUGUACAGCACUUUUGGGUUGAGAGCCUCUCUAAAGAAAGUGUUGAACUUCAACAACAUGCUACUCUACGCAGAAUACGUUGUGGCAAACCUGGAGUUCCCAAGAGGUCUGCCGUCUAUUGAAGAUGAUAUGUUUCAGCUUGGAGGAGACUUUGUCCUGGAUGACCAGGGGAGGGUGCUGUUCUCUCACUGCUGUGACAGCCCUAUAGACAGACCUGCUGUAGAGGACAUACUGAACGCCCUAUAGAAUGACCUGCAGUAGAGGACAUGCUGGGUGCCAUUCAGAAGAGAUACCCAAACCUGUCAGGUUAAACAUUAUGUUAAAAAAAAAACAAGCAGACCCCAUCUCAUCUGAUACAGAAAUGGCUUUAUCACAGGGAGAUAUCAGCUAUAGACUAUUGCCCUCAAAUCCCCCCCCCCCCCCUAAUCAGAGACUGAUUUAGACCUGGGACACCAGGUGGGUGAAAUUAAUUAUCAGGUUGUAGAACAGAAAACCAGCAGUACUCCAGUUAACCAUAGGGUAAGAUUUGAAUACCCCUGGACUGAGAUUAUAUUAGCCAGUCUCUUUCAAUAGCUGCUGUACAACUCUAGCACUGGAGACUAUAGUCCAGGGGUAUUCAAUCUUACCCCAUGAGGUUACUGCUGGUUUUCUGUUCUACUAAUUGCACCCACCUGCUGUCCAAGGUCAGAAUAUGUCCCUGAUUAGAAUGGGAAGAAUAAAAAACUGGCUUCAAGUUCCAGAUUUGAAUUUGAAGCAAAUCUUACAUGCUCUAACAGUCUAUUACAAGACACUAGCUAAACACUAACAGGUAGUAGCUGAUCAACCGAGAGAAACCUUAUAUGACAUUACCUAAUUUCUUGUCAAUUAU